AAAUAUUCUUCAAGAUUAACUCUAAUGGCAAGGUUUGUAAUUAACGCGGAAAGUGGACCCAUUUACGAAUGGGAAUCGAGUUUAAAUCUGAAACUCGCUCACUUCCUUCCCUCUCAUAUAUACACACUCGGCUUACUUAUUCUCUGUUUUAUAUUUUGAGCUCUCUACCAUGGCGGAUCUAAAGGCGAAAUUCUUGAAUGUGUACUCGGUUUUGAAAUCAGAGCUCCUUCAAGAUCCAGCUUUCGAAUUCACUGAUAUUUCCCGUCAAUGGGUGGAUCGGAUGACAGACUACAAUGUUCCCGGAGGGAAAUUAAACCGAGGCCUAUCCGUUAUCGACAGCUACAAGUUGUUGAAAGGAGAAGAGUUGACUGAAGAGGAAAUCUUUCUAGCCAGUGCUCUUGGUUGGUGCAUUGAAUGGCUGCAAGCAUACUUUCUGGUUCUUGAUGACAUUAUGGACAAUUCACACACGCGGAGGGGCCAGCCUUGCUGGUAUAAAGUUCCCAAGGUUGGAUUGAUUGCAGCAAAUGAUGGGGUUUUACUUCGAAACCAUAUUUUCAGGAUUCUUAAGAAUCACUUCAAGGACAAGCCAUACUACGUUGAUCUGCUUGAUUUGUUCAAUGAGGUGGAGUUCCAAACCGCUUCGGGACAAAUGCUAGACUUGAUUUCAAGUGAAGGAGAAAAUGAUCUAUCCAAAUUCUCAUUGUCACUUCACCGCCGCAUUGUUCAAUACAAAACUGCCUAUUAUUCAUUUUACCUUUCCGUUGCAUGUGCAUUGCUUAUGUCAGGGGAGAAUCUAGAAGAUCAUGUUGAUGUAAAGAACAUUCUUGUUCAGAUGGGCAUCUACUUUCAAGUACAGGACGACUAUUUGGAUUGUUUUGUUGAUCCUAAGAUCCUCGGUAAGAUAGGAACAGACAUUGAAGAUUUCAAGUGUUCUUGGUUGGUUGUUAAGGCAUUGGAGCUCAGCGAUGAGGAACAAAAGAAAAUAUUAAAUGAGAACUAUGGCAAGACAGACCCAGAAAAGGUUGCGAAAGUAAAAGCCCUCUACAAGGAGCUUGAUCUUGAGGGUGAAUUUGCAGACUACGAGAGCAAGAGCUACGAGAAGCUGAUCACAUCUAUUGGAGCUCACCCCAGCAAAGCUGUUCAAGCAGUGUUGAAGUCUUUCUUGGGUAAGAUAUACAAAAGGCAGAAAUAAAUUAAAUAUCAAAUUCAAAGAACGGGGAAGGAAGGAGCAGAGAUCGGUCUGUGUCUAGUUUUUUUUGGCCAUUAUAUCCCAAUUUGUGGUCAUUUUCUUCCCCUGAUUUGACUAUCUGCAUUUUAUUUACCUAGGACUUUGCUUGGAUUUGAUUUUAACCAAUGAAUAAAUAAACGACAUCGGUAAUUCUUACUC